AUGGCCGCGGGCUCCUCCAGCCUGAGCUUAGGGGAUGAGCUGAACUGCCCGAUAUGCCUCGACAUCUUCAUCGACCCGGUGAUGCUGGAGUGCGGCCACGACUUCUGCCGGCAGUGCAUCCUGCAGUGCUGGGAGAGGGAGAAGAAAGCCUUCUGCCCCGAGUGCGGCGAGGUCUUCCGCGACAAGAGCCUCAAGGCCAACCGUGCGCUGGGCGUGCUCUCCAACAAGAUCCGCAACCUCAACACCAGGGAGCCGGCGGACCCCAACAAGCCUUUCAACCCCUUCUGCGAGGAGCACCAGGAGGAGCUGAAACUGUUCUGCGAGACGGACAAGAAGCUCAUCUGCGUGAUGUGCCUGGACCGGCGCGACGGCCGGAGCCACAAGGCGCACAACUUCAUGCUCAUCAACGAGGCGGUGGAGAUCUACAAGGAGAAGAUGAGAGCCAACCUGCAGUCCCUGAACCAGAAGAAGACCUCAGUGCAGAACGUGCUCCUCAAGCAACAGCAGAGCAUCUCAGAGAUCCAGGAACAGUCCAACAACCUGCAGAAGCACAUCACAUCAGAAUUUGCCAAACUGCGCUCCGUCCUGGAUGAGAAGGAACACUUGCUGGCCAAGGAACUGGCUGACCAGGAAGAGGACAUCCUGAAGAAGAUGGAAACCAACCUCCGGGACAUUCAAGAGCACCUGAACGAGACAGAGGAGAAGUUGUCCAAUGUCCAGUCACAGCUGACCCAACAAGACGCCUUCAUCCUGUUGAAGGAAGAUCCGGACAAAGGCAAGAGUGACAACAGUUAUCAGACGACAGUGGCCGAGGGCAAACUCCCCCUGGGGUCAUUCAAAGGGCCGAUCCAGUACAGAGUGUGGCGGGACAUAAUGGAGGUUAUCAACCCAGCACCAGCCUCUCUGACCCUGGACCCGAGCACCGCCCACCCGUUGCUCAUCCUGUCCGACGACCGCACCAGCGUCAAGCUGGUAGACAAGGCCCGCUCAAUGUCGGAAGGCUUGGAAGCAUCCGACCGCGAGCCAAGUGUCCUGGCUGCCAUGGGAUUCUCGUCGGGGCGCCACUACUGGGAGGUGCACGUGGGUAACAAGACGACGUGGGAUCUGGGUGUGGUCAAAGACGUCAUUCGAAAGCGCGGCUCCAGGUCAGCGCAGGACACCGGAUACUGGGUCUUGACCUUGAAGAAUGGGAGUGAAUAUUGGCUUUCCACUGCUACGCCCACUCGCAUUUCCGUCAGCUCCAAACCCAAGAAGGUUGGGAUCUAUCUGGACUAUGAAGGUGGACAGUUGUCCUUCUAUAACGCGAGCAACAUGAAUCCCCUCUUCACAUUCAUUGACAAUUUCACGGGCAAAGUGUACCCUUACUUCAGUCCUGGGACAAACGAGGACAGGAAAAACUCCGAGCCUCUAACUAUCGUUCAGUUCAAAAACCAUUAACAGCCACUCACCAAUCACUGUUUAAGCCUUCGGCGCUGUUUUACCUGCUGGUGUUUCUGUGUGAUAAUCCCAAACCUAAAAUCAUUCAGUUUCUGCGCUCCAGGCUCCACCACUGUUUUUGUCCCCCCACCCCAGCUCUCCCUUCUCCCUCCCAGCUCACGCACACCCUCCUGACACGAGAGGAGUCGGAGCUGUUUUGCUUGGCUCCCGUCUCCACCUGCAGUCAUGCCUGCUGGUGAAUCUGUGAGGCAGGGGUUCCCAGCCCUUUCUGUGCCACGGAGCCCUACCAUUGACUGAGGGGUCUGUGGACCAGAGGUUGGGAACCCCCUGCUCUAAGGGGUGGG